AUGGCGGAUACUUAUGGCUCCAAGACAGUCAUUCAACUUAGGCAGGAACUUAGGGAUCGCAAACUCCCAGUCAGCGGUCUCAAAAGUCAGUUGAUUGCAAGACUUCGCGAACACGACCAGACGCGCUCGGACCAUGAGCCUCAUCUCAACAUAUUAUCAGUCGCACCUGACCCUUCGGCACCCUUAUAUCGCCACCAGAGAUCACUUCAGACAGUGAUUGAUUUUGUUCCAAAGCAACAGCUAAGCCAAUCGCAACGAGAUCAAGCCACUUACUUUAUGAAUGAACUCUGUAAUAUGUAUGGUAUGUCGCAGCUUGUGGGAAAUGAACCAUUCAAGAGCUACAAGCCUGCAGCUCUUGUUACUGCUUUAUUACAAUAUAAUCCUAGUACUCAAUCACAGGAUGAAAUCUUUAAGACUCUACUACCCUUUCUCCACGAACAGCUCACCGAAACCGAAGAUCCUAGCCCGAAUCCCCGGCCGAGCUUUGAUCACACUCUUAUAUAUUUAAAUGCGUCUUUAGGCAAUAAGGAUGACCUCUGCCGCGCACUUGAAUCCUUUUCUGCCUUCAUGAUCCAUAAUUUUUUCCUGCCUAUCAGAGCUCGUGGAGGAAAAACUGAGCAGCCUACACCAAUAUUACUACAAGCUGAUCAGAGCGAAAGUAACGUCGGAACAACCAGUCGGUUGAGCAGUCUUCGAAAAAAGUGUCUAUACCGUGAUCACCACCGUUGUGUCAUUUCACGUCUAUUCGAUAGAACAGAAGCCCGAGUCCGAGCAAAACAGAACGAUGGCGUCGUUUUUGAUGAUGAUGGUAUUCAAAUCCAGAAAUUCAUUGAGAUGGAUAAUCUAGAGAUUGCUCAUAUAAUUCCACACUCGCUGAUGUCAAGAGCCUCUACGGAUGACAAUCUGUCUGAAAUCCGGCAAAACGCAUGCAAGAUUUGGAAGAUGUUCGAUAUUGAUGCCAUUCAUCUUCUUGAGGGCUCAGGCAUCGACAGUCCUCAAAAUGCCCUUACUCUCACCCACUCCUGUCAUUUGUCCGAACCCCCCAAACGGGUAUAG